AUGUCUCCCAGAGCUUCUCAAGAUAUCGAACGGGACAUCGACAAGAGCUAUGUCGAUAACGUCGAGAUCGUCCCUGAUGCCGUUGCCAACGCAGACAGGCCCAAUCCCAGGAAAGAGGCCCCGGCCUAUGUGGCUGGUCUAACCCCCGAGGAACGUGAGCAGGCAGAGAAGGCCCUGGUCCGCAAAAUCGACUUGCGUCUCCUGCCCAUGAUAAUCAUCAUGUACAUCCUCAACUACUUGGAUCGCAACAAUAUCGCGGCCGCCAAACUCGCUGGGCUGGUCUCUGAUUUGAACCUGGUGGGUGUGGAGUAUCAGACUUGUGUUAGUAUUCUGUUUGUGGGGUAUCUGUUGAUGCAAAUUCCGUCCAACCUGCUCCUGAAUAAGUUCGGCAAGCCGGCUCUUUAUCUUCCCGGGGCGAUGAUGCUCUGGGGCAUCAUUUCUACGUGUACGGCUGGGGCGCAGAGCUAUGCGGGCUUGGUGAUAGUUCGGUUCUUUCUUGGUUUCGUGGAAGCUGCCUAUUUCCCUGGCUGUCUCUACUUUCUCAGUGCCUGGUAUACCCGGAAGGAACUAGGAUUUCGAACUGCCGCCCUCUACUCCGGGUCUCUCAUCUCGGGGGCCUUCUCCGGGCUUAUCGCGGCGGGCAUCACAGAAAAUAUGGACUAUACGUUGGGUCUUCGAGCCUGGCGCUGGUUGUUCAUAAUUGAAGGCGCAAUCACCAUCGUCGUUGCCUUUGCCUCGAUCUUUGUUCUGCCCAACUUUCCACGGACUACCGGGUGGCUGACCGAGGAAGAGAAGGAGCUGGCUGUUUGGAGAUUGGAAGAGGAUAUUGGUGAAGACGACUGGGUGGACAGUGAGCAACAGACCUUCAUGCACGGUGCCAAAUUGGCAUUUACCGAUAUCAAGACCUGGAUCCUGAUGCUACUCAUUUUGUGCAUUGUCUCAUCCGCAUCCGUGACCAAUUUCUUCCCCACCGUGGUCAAGACCCUCAAUUACGGCAACAUUGAGACCCUCCUUCUCACAGCUCCUCCCUACUGCCUUGCCGUGAUCUGCGCCUUCGCCAAUGCCUGGCACGCUGACCGUACCGGCGAACGGUACUUCCACAUCACCCUACCCCUGUACGUCUCGGUAGCAGCCUUCAUCAUAGCAGCUACGACCACUAGCAUCGGCCCCCGAUACCUCUCCAUGAUGUUGAUGGUUCCGUCCCUAUACACUGGGUACGUGGUAGCCCUGGGCUGGAUCUCAAGCACCCUUCCUCGUCCGGCGUCCAAGCGUGCCGCCGCCCUAGCAGGCAUCAACUGUGUCAGUAAUGCGAGCAGUAUCUACGCCAGCUACAUGUAUCCCGAUAGCGACUCUCCCCGAUUCGUCACCGCCAUGAGCGUCAACUGUGUCACAGCAUUCGUGGCCAUAUUGUCCGCUACAGCUCUCCGAUUCAUUCUCGUCCGACUGAACAAGAAGCUCGAUCGGGGUGAGGGAAUCGGCGGCGCGGUCUCCUCGGGAGAUAUCCCGGGGCAGGCCAGCGCGAGGGGCUUCCGUUUCUUGGUUUAAUGCGUUGGUAUUGUCGUCUAUGGAGUCAAGUUUUCUUUUUAUACCCGCCAAUGGGUGGUUGGAAAUACCUCUCCCAUAGAGUUUUGGGUAGACACUUUUAUGAUGUGAAUGCACGAUGCAAUCUUGACAAUACAACCAACCCUUUGUGUUAUC